AUGAACCUGGCUAACCAUCAUACCUUCUGCUUCGGUAUCGAAAUCGAGCUCCUUCUCGAAAGCCCGAGCAAGAAACACAGAACAUGGGAGGCCCUUGCACAGGACCUCAGCAAACGGCUGAAGGCUGCCGGGAUUCGUAAUCAUGUUCACGACAACCACGGUUACGCAGAAUGGUCCAUUGUCCGGGAGGUGACAGUUCAAGACCCAGACGGCAGAAAUCCCUAUCAGUACGGCGUCGAGCUGGUUUCCCCCAUCCACGUCGCAACCUCGCUCCCUAUCCUCGCCGCCCAGCUCUGCAAGAUCUUCGCCGUCGUCAACACCAUCUCCACGCCCAUCAAGAGUCGGCGCUGCUCCUCCCACGUCCACGUCUCGCGCCGCCCGAUCCUCUCUCCGCAAGAGCUGGCUGCCCUCGCCAAGGCGGCCCUCUACUUCGAAGCCGCCCUCGACGCCCUGAUGCCCCCGGAGCGCAGCGGGCCCCACUCCCACUGGGCGCAGUCCAACCGCCACGCCAACAACCCUUGCCUUGCCGGGCUGACGCUGGCCGAGUGCCUGGCCAAAGUGGACGCGGCGGCGGCCGCCCACCUUGCUGCCCCUUCCCUUCCCCUGGACGCAAAGGGGGAAAGGGAAGGGAAAGAGAUAGGGGAGCGGGUGGAGGAGGACCGACCGGCCGACGCGCGCCGCCCGCUCGUGGAGACGAUGAACCUGGUGUCGCGGGAGUCGCGGUACGGGGUCGUGCGCCGCAAGAAGGCGCACUUUGUGCGCGGCAAGACAUACAAGUGGGACUUUACCGGGCUGCUGGCGCCCCCGCGGGGGGCGGGCGAGGAGGCGGACCACCGCGGGAUCGACGGCACCGUCGAGUUCCGGCAGCCGCCGGGGAGCCGGACCGCCGCCGAGGCGGUGACCUGGGCAACCCUCGCGGUCGCGUUCGUCGCCGGCGCUGUCGAGCUCGGGACCGCCGGGGUGGGUCUGGGGUCGGAGGCGGGAGGGGUCGUCGGGGAAGAGGGAGGGUCGAGGGAGGAGCUGUGGAAGUUGUUGGAGAAGGGAAGGGAGGCCCUGGGGUGGGUCGAUUUGAGGGCGUUGGAUGGCUUGUUCUGGGGUUUGAGGGAGGAGUGA